CAUCCGGUGUAAACAUGGCAGCGCACAGACAAAUGUCACAUUACUUCUGUUGCUGAAAAGGGGAUUUUUCUUUAUCCUGUUCCACAUCGUCCGUAGAGGGAAUUAAAAAAGAAGCUAAACCUGGGAAGAUUUUGCUUCGCUUCAAUCAAUAUUCUUGGAGGGUAAUCCAGCCAACACCAUGGUUCAUUUAUCCUCUUUUUUGCUAAAGAAGUACCAUGGGGGUUACGUCGUCAUCCGAUUGGCUCUCGCUGGCCACAAGCAAGCUAACAGGCCAUUUUAUCGUAUUGUGGCAGCUUACAACAAAAGAGCAAGAGACAGUAAAUAUAUAGAGCAGCUGGGUACCUAUGACCCCCUCCCAAACAUCUACAACGAGAAACUUGUCAGCUUCAACUUCGACCGCAUCAAGUACUGGAUCGGCUGUGGUGCUCACCCUACACAGUCAGCGGCCAAACUCCUAGGGUUGGCAGGAUUCUUUCCCCUGCACCCCAUGACGAUAACAGUGGCAGAGCGUCAGAGAGCACAAACAUUACAGGCAGAAACAUCAACAGCAGAAGAGGACAUGCGCGAGCAGUCACAGAAGGAGGCUGAUGUGUGAGAAUGAAUCUUCAGGACUGUGUGACUGUCCAGCAGCAAGACGACGUCAGUCAUUUGGAAAGGAAACUGUCGGGUGGACUGGUCGUAGUGGCGUCUGAUAUCAGAUGCCAACAGAAGUUUUGGUUGCUGUCGCAGCAGCUAUGAUCGCUUCAUGAAAGAAAUUGUUGCUCAAAUUCAGUAACUGCAGUUUUCCUGAGAGUGAUGUGUCAUUACAGCCAACUGUUUGUGUGCUCUGUUCAUUUGAGUUGAAUAAAGUAUUAUAUGUCAA